AUGAGACCCUCCGCGCUUUCUUCCCGUAUCUCGAUAUCUGCUAUUGCGACACUCUGUCUCUGCAACCUUGUGAGCGCGACCUUUAGUCUGGAUAUUUCCGGGCCAGAUUGGAGUUACACCACCAAGAACGGCCUCAGCAAAACCACCUCCGAAGCCUGCAAGAAUGCAUACAGCGCCGAUAUCGAUUGCGACCCGACACUUCUCGGUCUCGUUGCCUCAAUGCGCUCUGUCUUCAAACCCACACCCUCCGAUUUCGACAAUACUUGCGCGCCGGCCUGUAAGAGUUCUUUGGAGGCAUACGUGAAGGGUGUUCAAGAGGCUUGCACGGCGCCUGGAGACUCAGCGCUCGAGAGCAAUGUUCCCGGCAUUAUACUGGACCAUGUAGAUACCGUUGGGAUGCUGCUUCAAUAUACAUGGAAGUCCAGCUGCCGUAAAGAUACUGAUGGUACGUAUUGCCAUUACAAACGAUUAAACAACUCGGACACCUUCCCUUGCGACGACGUAUGCACGGGCGCCUUCUACCAGACCGCGCACGAUUUACCCAUCUCUUCGAAGACUUUUAUCAGCUACUUGUUGGUCUCGAGAGGUCCAUGGUGGGCGGAAGCAUUUGAAAAGGGAUGGAAGAGACUACAAGCCUGUGGGAAAGCUGUGAAUAAUGCACCUCCAAGUUUGCUCAAUGCUAAUACCGCUACGUCUACUUUGGGAGCAUCCGCUACAUCAGGUACGGCAACUUUGAUGGCUGGUACGACUUCUACAUCUGUGGAAGCAAAAGCUUCAAACACAGCGACUGCCAGUUUGGCCUCAUCAGCAUCAUCUUCGCUAGCUUCAUCGUCGUCGCCAACGACUUCGAACGGAGCACCCGCUGCUUCAUCCAGCUCUGGGCAGUCUCUCCAAUUUGGAAAAUUUGCCAUUUUAAUGAUGUUUAGCAUGAUUUAUAUAUCACUUUUUGUUUAG